AUGCCACCAACCGUCUCGGAUUCGGUGCGCUUGCCCCGCUCGCGUACCGCUUCCGUGGCCGAUGUGCUCGAAGAAGCUGAGGAUAUUGUGAAGCCGGUGUCUGCCGCUGCUGACGAAGAUUUGAGCGAACCCGAUACGGAUGCGGCCAGCGAGUCGAACCUCGGCGCCGAGGACGAGUACGUCGAGGAUGAGAAUGUGGUCGUCGACUACAUGAGUGACGAUCUUGGAGAGGUGAUCUCCCGCUUCCCGUGCCAAUACACGAACAUCAUCCCCGAGUUCGCCGACGUCGAGUUCUUCAUGGUGUCCAUCGAUUCGUUGCUGCUCGAAUGCGCCGCCCACAGCUACCACAACUGGCACAAUGGCGGGCAAACGCGUGUGCUCAUCGCCCAGGUUGACAACUUUGUCGACCAGUUCACCCGUCUUGGCGGCAAGUUCAAGCUGGUGCUCUUCAACCGUCUGGGCGAUCUGUUCAAGAAGGACACCACGCUGGGCUUCAUGCGGGCGGCUGUCAUCGCCCAUUUGAUGCAGGGAGCUCACAAGGAUGAAAUCGAGAGCUUCGACUCUCCGAUGGACCCUCGCUGGGCGCAUUACAUCGCCGAUCUGACGCCCUCGUUUUUUAUGACGAGCACCUCCGAUCCGGUGUCCGGCAUCUGCCCCGACGAACACGUGAAUACCAAGGCUCAUUUCGAAACUAUCGUACUCGACGUGCUUGCCCGUACCGUUCCCGUCGUGCCGCUCAGCCACCUGGUCGUCAACUUCUCGUCCGUGAGAGCCUUCUACAUCUCGCCGAGACUCGUCACCGCGGCCAACCACGAGCAGUACCUCGAGGCGCUGUGGGGCUCGGGCUCGUGCCAGGAAACUGCUGCCGCUCCGUCGCAACUCGCCGGAAAAGAUGCGCCGACCGCCUGGGCCAACAUCAUCAAGCAGCUGAAGGGAUCCGGCGACAAGCUCAGCCCCGACUUUGAAGACUUUGCCAACGCCGUCAUCCUCGCCUCUAUCCUCAAUAAGAAGCCCGGCGCCGCACGUCAAUAUCCCGCGGAGAAGAAAGGGCAACCCGUUGCCCUGCCUUUGGAGCGCAACCUCUUUCUGCAAGCUGCAACCAAGUUGAUUGGCCAGGAAGCCGUGGCUUUUCCGAUCAUCGACCUCUGGGAUGGUCGCUUGGUCGCAGCUCUUUUCGACGGGAUCAAGGCUGGAGACAACGUGCUGCCAGCCAGUCUUCAGAAGGAAUUUGAGGCUCUACAAGCCAUUGCCGGCUCGAAGAAACCGCUUCCGGUUGACGCUGACGAGAAGCUUCUCAGCAAGCCGACGGCCGGCACCGCGAAGGAACUGGCGGUGCCCUGCAUUCACAAUAUCUCCUCUGCGCUGUUCGAUACCUACUUGAAGGAUGUGAAGGGCAGGGAUAAGCCAGUGCUUAUCGAUGAGCCGUUCGACGAUCAGCUGGAGACGCGCUACCGCUGGCGUUUCCACGCCGUGCCCGAACUAUGCGCCCAGGAGACCGAAAAGGUCGAGACGAAUGAACGCCUGAAGAAGCGGGCCAACAAGAGCCGCCAAUUCUUGAGCCGUUGGUAUGAGCAAUUUGCGCACUCGCUGGAGGGCCGCGGCACGAAUCUUGUCGUCGACUUUUCGCGGGCUGCUAGGGUGACGGCCACCGCCGAUGAAGCCGCCGAGAAGGAGAACAAGAAGGGAUGGGCCGGGCAGAAGAAAGGAGGUGGCGGCAAGCACAAGGUGUCCAAGAAAGCCGAGAUCCUCGAAGCAAACAAGAAAGCGAAGACGAACAAGCAGAUGGAAGACGAACGGCACAAGGUCAAAUUCGCCAUGGCACAAGGCAAAAAUGCCACCAACUGCCUGGCCAACAUCUACUUUUCGUUGGAGACCCCGGAGAUGAAGUCGUUGUGCGACUACGAGCUUUUGACAAGAUAUGCUAGGGACAUGCAAGAGACGUGGGCUGGCGAUGCGCAUCUUGAAGACCGCCGUCGUUAUGCUGUCAACGUCGUCGGGUUGCUGAAGAAGGGCAUCACGCAACAUUGGGAACAUUUGGACGAGAAGCAGCGUGAUGAUCUGUCCAACAUCUGGCACUCGCUCGGCUUCGCCCCGUUCACCAGCCGCAAGGUUUCCACAGAGGCCAAGGCCCAGAAGUUGACGCUGAAGAUGAACCCGGUGUACUACCAAAUGCGCUACGGCGGCGAGCUGAUCGACAUCCAGUCGGACCCGCAGAAGGACGAGCGCGUCACCGGUUUCCACCCGGACGCCUGGCAAAGGGACAUGUUGGACGUGGUCGAUAAAGGAAAUUCUGCCUUGAUCGUCGCGCCAACCUCGGCCGGGAAGACGUUCAUCUCCUACUACUGCAUCGAGCGAAUCUUGCGCGCUUCCGACGAGCAUGUGGUCGUCUACGUGUCCCCGUCGAAGGCGUUAACGAAUCAGGUGUGCGGCUCCAUUUACGCCCGCUUCCGCAACAAGUCCAUGACGCCCGGAAAGUCGCUGUUUGGAACGCUAUCAAACGACUAUAACUUCAAUGCCCUGAAUUGCCAGGUCCUCGUGACCGUCCCGGACGCCUUUGAGAACCUGUUGCUGUCGAAGACGGCCGAGGCAAAACAAUUUGUGAACAAGAUCCGCUACGUCAUCUUCGACGAAGUCCAUUCUAUCGGCUCUUCUGACGAUGCCGUCAUCUGGGAACAUCUCAUAUUGCUGAUCAACACGCCGUUCCUCGCCCUCUCGGCUACCAUCGGCAACGUGAACAAGCUGCACGAGUGGAUGAACAAGCUCGAGCAGGACAAGUCGGACAAAGCCAGAAGGGUCUCGCUGAUCACGCAUCAAGAGCGCUACUCCGAGCUCGAGCUCGCCAUCCACAACAUUGUCGACGCAAAGGGCGCCGAGGAGAAGAUGGGCCUGAUCCCCUUCAUCCCCUACGGCGUCUACAUGCCGGAGAAGCUGCGCAUGUUCGGCAUCCCCGAGGACCAGCAGCUGACCGCCCGCCAGAUUCUUGAGCUCUACGAGACGAUGUGCGAAUUUGACGACCAGACGAAAGUCGACUUUGAGCCUUGCGCCUUCUUCAAAUACGAGCCGACAAAGCCCGUCUGGCUCUCGAGGGCCGAUCUGAGGAGGCUGGAGUCGGGGCUGAAGGAUCGAUUCCUGCACCUGUUGCAACACGACGAGCCCAAGAUGCGCCGAAUUUUGGAGGCCUUCCAGAAGCCCAUCGAGGGCCAAAUGCAGGCUCGCUCUCGCGCUUACAAUCAGGAACAACUGCUCAGCCAGCACAUCGUCCCGCUCAUUGACAGCCUCCAAAAGGACAAGAUGCUGCCGGCCAUCUGCUUCAACGAGGAUCGCUCCACCUGCGAGAAUAUGGCAAAACAACUCUGCGAUGUACUCGAGGCGCGCCAACGAGAAUGGGAGCUGACCGCCGAGUUCAGGGACAAGUUCGAGAUCCGCGACGAGGAGAAGCUGAUGAAACAGGCAAAACGCCGUCGCGAUGCUGCCGAGAAGAAAAAGAAGGGCGACAAGCCGGAGGACGAGCCCGAGCAGGAGGAUUUCGCCUCGGACCCGCUCGCCAUGCAACGGGCCAAGCUGGAGAAAGCGUUGGAGCGUUUCCGUCUCCACGGGCGGACAAUCGUCGAUUCUGAUGCGUACGAGAAGAUGACGGAACGUAUGAAGCGCCAGGCGAAGGGCAGGAGUAGCACAAGGUUACUGCUGCAAUUGUUUGAGCGUGGCAUCGGCUUCCACCACGACGCCUUGUCGAUGGUCGAAAAGGGCGCUGUUGAGGUACUGUUCCGUACCGGCCAUCUGUCGCUGCUCUUCUCGACAAGUACACUGGCUCUUGGUAUCAACAUGCCGUGCAAGACCAUCAUCUUUGGCAUCGACGACCCGAAGCUGACGCCGUUGCUCUACCGGCAGAUGAGCGGUCGUGCGGGUCGGCGUGGGUUUGACCACUCUGGCAAGGUCAUCUUCACCGCCAUUCCGACUGGAAAAAUGCGCCGCCUGCUGACCGGCUCGUUGCCCAACUUGCACCCGAACCCGCCGUUCACGAUCUCCUACUUGCUGCGCAUCUUCUCGCGCCUUCACCAGCAAAACCCGGAGCACGAGGAGGGACUGAACGAGUCGAUGAACACGGUGCUGGCGAAGAGGCUCAAGGCCGCCACGAAUCUGCUGACCAACUCGUUCGCCUUGGUCACACGUACUGGCGACGAUCGUGUGAACCUGUUGCGCCAGUUGCGCGUCUACACCUGGUUCUCAGCCCAACUCCUGCGCGACGAGCAGUUGAUUGACAAUAAGGGCGCCGGCCGUGGUCUGUUCGAGAUGGUCACCAUGCUGCAGGCGUACGAGCCCGGGAAUCUGGUGUUUGCGCACCUGCUGCAGCGCGGCGUCUUCCACCACCUGUGCCGCAAGCACAAGGGCGACGAGCUGAAGCAGAUCGUGCUGAACAUCCUGGCCACACUGCUCACGCGCAGCUACUUGCCGCCCAACUACGACACGGCCAAGGGGGUCCACCUCCAACCUUUGCCGGAAAUCGUCGAGGUCGAGGUGGUCGGCUACUCGGCGAAGGCGAUGCAGAUGUACAACGACUUCAUGCGCACGCUGGCCCCGAAUGGAACUUUGAUGGACCCCGACUAUGCCAUCUCUGGCGCCACGUUCACCAAGGAGCACCACUUCAAGCGCGAGCUCGUCCCGGUUUUCGCAAAGUCGUUCUCGUUCGACGAGAGCUUCGUGCCAGCCAUCGACCUCAAGCCGGUUGACCACCGUGGAGAAAAGAUCCACCUCAACUCGUUCGCCGUCGACUUCUGGAAGCACCGCUCGCGCAACUAUCUUCUGAUGAACAACAAGAUUCCGGUGAACCAGGUCUGGUACAUGGUCACCGAGUUCAAGAAUGCCCUGCUCACCAUCGGUCACGCCCUGCAGCUUGUAGCCCGCCCAUCGGAUGCUGUCGCCGAUUUGAUGCUGAACCUGGCCAACGAGUACGACGAGCGCAUGCGCCGCGUCUUCGGCAUGAAGAAGCGCAGC